CAGCACCCAACUCUUAAUUACAGGGAUGGAAGUGCAUUGAACAUCCUCAAACUUCAGCGUUCUUCAUAAAAAAAAGGUGCGCUUGAGUUUUUUAGGAGGAGAAAAAUCUAACCAAGAUUCUUUUACAGAGAGCUGACUAUGGCAAUGCAAUUGCAAGAAGGUUUCAUUGUAGCAACAAGUUGCAUAGGCUUCAUCUCUGUUUGUAAAGGUUUCAUCAACUUUGUGAGAUGGGUAUGGGUCAUGUUUCUGAGACCCCCAAAGAAUCUCAAGGACUAUGGCUCUUGGGCUAUCGUCACCGGCUCUGCUCAAGGAAUUGGCAAAGUGCUUGCCUUGGAGUUGGCUUCAAAGGGUCUUAACCUUGUUCUGAUUGAUAAAAACCAUUCAGCGCUCGAAGCUACCUCCAAUGAAAUGCAUGGAGAAUUUGGUGGAAAAGUCGAGAUUAAGAGCAUGGUGAUCGACUUAGCCAAAUUGAGUGGGGAGGAAAUAGCUAACGCCAUAGAGGAAGGGAUAGAAGGGAUAGAUGUUGGUGUUUUGAUUAACAAUGCAGGGAUAGCUUACCCUUAUGCUAGGUUUUUUCAUGAGGUUGAUUUGGAACUCAUGGAGAAUAUUAUUAAGGUGAACUUGGGAGCAGCAACUUGGGUGACUAGGGCAGUGCUUCCAGGAAUGCUCAAGAAGAAGAAAGGAGCAAUUGUCAAUAUUGGUUCUAAUUCAGCUAACCUCCCUUCUUUUCCUCUAUAUACUCUUUAUUCUACAACCAAAGCGUACAUUUCCAUGUUCUCAAGAUGCAUUAGUUUGGAAUACAAGCAGCAGGGAAUUGACAUUCAGUGUCAGACUCCUCUUUUCGUUGCAACGAGGUUGACAAAACAUGUCAAGGGGCCUUCCUGGUUGAUGGCAUCACCAGAGAAAUUUAGCAAAGCAAGCGUUCGCUGGAUUGGUGAUGAGCCUCUGUGUAAUCCCUACUGGUGGCACUCCGUGCAGUGGUUCAUAUUACGUGUGGCCUCGCCGGAUGUGUUAUUGAAUGCCAUCAUUUACUGGAUCGGCAUUCGGAUCAGAAAGAGAGGCCAAAUGAAGGAGGCACAGAGCAAGAUGCAUCAACAGGAAAAUGCAUUGUGAAGUAGUGUACAAGUAUUUGAUCGUAUGUGUUUUACUGAGGUUGGCUUUAUCAUAAAGGAGUAAUGUAUCUCCCAUCUUCUUUUUUCUUUGGGUACAUUUUAUAUGAGAAAUUGAACUAAUAAGGAGCUAGCUGCUGGAUUCAACCUAUAUCAAAGGUGGUUUGGAUUCAGGCUCCUCACCAAUAGUUAAUCUGAUGGCUUGGGUGUGUAUUGUGUCACAAUUCUAUUAGUACUUGGAAUUAUUCAGGUUAUGAGCUAAUAUUCUAGCUAUAACUCGGUCG